AUGUCUACAACACCACAAGCGCCCGGACAAUGUGUCAUUUACGUGCCUCUCGAACAUGAACCAGAAAUUACACAAGAGGGCUUCUCCAUUGCUCUCGGUUACCUAUAUUCGUCUAUUUCACUCAACCUUAUUACUCCCCAAAAUGCCAGAGCCACUCUAGCAGCAGGCUGUCUCCUGGGCCGGAUGGAUGAUCUCUGCAACUAUGCCUAUGAAGUGUGCAGACAAUCUAUCACGAUGGCGAAUAUCGGCAACUGGCUUGAAUUUAUGGAUUGUAUGCCUCCUCCCUCUGACGGGACGUCAACGCCGAUAGAGCAGCAGCAGCCCAUGCCUUCGACGGCUGUGUUUGGCCCUUAUGCGCAAAGACUUAAGGAUGACGUCUUCCAUUUCCUGGUGGUCACGCUUCCGCACAUGCUCAACGUUGGUGGACAGGCUACUCCUGUCUCGCCACACCCAGACGGACAAACGUCCGAUGCCGGAAGAGACGCGCUCUUACAGGUGUAUGCGCGGGUGCCGUUUGACCUCUUCAAAACAGCUGUCGAGUCCCCGACAUUCCAGAUAGGUUCCGAUCAAGCCCGGUUCAAAUUCGCAAAAGACGCCAUUGAACUAAGAAAACGGGGGACUGCGCGAGGAGGUCAGGGGGCAGAAGAGACGGUUGUUCUCGCGUUUGGAGGAAGCAACUUCGGCGGAAGCGCAGUACACGUCACAAGAAAAUUGCGCAAGCGACCUUUGUGGAAGGUCAACUCCUGA